CGCAGGCGCGGCAGCCCUCGGGCGUCCUCUGCGGCGGGCGAUCUAGGACACCGGACGGAGGUGGGAGUAGGGGCAUCUCGUCCGAGAGGGAAGUAGCCGUGCGCCGCCGCCGCCGCCAUGCCGGACAGUUGGGACAAGGACGUGUACCCUGAGCCCCCGCGCCGUACGCCGGCGCCCUCGCCGCAGACCUCGGUGCCCAACCCCAUCACUUACUUGACGAAGGCCUUCGACCUCCUCGUGGACCGGCCCGUGACCCUCGUGAGAGAGUUUAUAGAGCAGCAGCAUGCGAAGAACAGGUAUUACUACUACCACCGUGAGUUCCGCCGUGUGCCGGACAUCACCGAGUGCGAGGAAAAGGACAUUUUGUGCAUGUUUGAAGCAGAAAUGCAAUGGAGAAGAGACUACAAAGUUGACCAAGAAAUCGUCAACAUCAUCCAGGAAAGACUUAAGGCUUGUCAGCAGAGGGAAGGUGAAAGCCACAGGCAGAACUGUGCCAAGGAGCUGGAGCAGUUCACCCAGGUGGCCAAGGCCUAUCAGGACCGCUAUCAUGACCUGGGGGCCCAUUAUUCUGCAAGGAAGUGCCUGGCUAAACAGAAGCAGAGGAUGCUGGCAGAGAGAAAAGCUGCUAAAGAGGCCGCUGCUGCCUGAGGCAGCUCCUUGAGCCCCCUCCCAUGACGGUCGCUAAUUACUAAAAUAAAGAGUAAUAAAACAUG